AUGUCGGAUGACAGGAUGUCAUCGGUGACUCCAAUGUUCCCAGUAGUGAACUCCUCUUUUAACACCUCCCUCCCUCCAUCAUUCAUGGACUGGGAGGCUCCCACCUUCACCGCCGCUGCCCGCGUCCGCGUGGCCGCCACCAUGGUCCUCUUUGUGUUCGCUGCCUUCUCCAACCUCUCUGUGCUGAUCAGUGUGGCACGGGGCCGCGGGCGCCGCCUGGCCGCCCAUCUCCGUCCACUCAUUGCCAGCCUGGCCUCUGCAGACCUGGUGAUGACGUUCGUGGUGAUGCCGCUGGAUGCGGCGUGGAACGUCACCGUACAGUGGUACGCCGGUGAUGCCAUGUGCAAGCUGCUGUGCUUCCUCAAGCUGUUUGCCAUGCACUCGUCUGCCUUCAUCCUGGUGGUGGUCAGCCUGGAUCGCCACCAUGCUAUUCUGCAUCCACUGGAUGCGCUGGACGCCGGACGCAGGAACAAGAGGAUGCUGCUGGUUGCCUGGGUCCUCAGCUUGCUCCUGGCCUCCCCACAGCUGUUCAUCUUUCGAGCAAUCAAAGCAGAGGGAGUGGAAUUCACUCAGUGUGUGACGCAUGGAAGCUUCCACCAUCGCUGGCAAGAGACGGCCUACAACAUGUUUCACUUUGUCACGCUUUAUGUGUUCCCCCUGUUAGUAAUGAGCUUCUGCUACACCCGCAUCCUCAUCGAGAUCAGCCGUCAGAUGCACAAAGGCAAAGGUGGGGCGCCAUGCCUGAGGCGAAGUGGCACAGACAUGAUCCCCAAGGCCCGAAUGAAGACCCUGAAGAUGACCAUCGUGAUCGUGGCGUCCUUCGUGAUCUGCUGGACGCCCUACUACCUCCUGGGUAUCUGGUACUGGUUCCAGCCGGCCAUGCUUCAGGAGACGCCCGAGUAUGUCCACCACGCCCUUUUCGUCUUCGGCAACCUCAACACAUGCUGCGACCCAGUGAUAUACGGCUUUUUCACGCCCUCCUUCCGGGCCGAUCUGGCUGAUGUGGUCCACUGCUGCUGCCGCUGCCGAUCGCAGAGCAUCUCCCCAAGGUCCCUGGACCGCCUGGCGUGUCGGAGGGUCAGGGCAAGCGGUGAGGCAGAGUCUGAUAACCCCAGUGGCGACCAGCCAAGUGGAAACCUGGGGUAGAUAUCGGUGGGCCUCUUGUUUAACUGCAUUGUAAAAUGCAGAAAAAUAGCAACAAAAUAGCAUUGAAGUUGAUUCAACCUACAAUUGUAAGACAACCAGCUGCAACAGGAUUGUGAGGUUGCUCAAAAUUUGUUCACUCGACUUUGAAUUUUAUGUUGAGUGAACAUAUAAUUUAAUUUGAGAAUAUAUUCUACCGUAUUUGCAUAUUUACCAGAGAACUGUUCACAUUUCCCAGCCUUUCGAGUGAAUUGUAAUUACCACCCAUGGCUGUAUUUGUUAGCAACAGAAACAUGGUUGUUGUGUUCAAUGGUUUUCAGUACCGUAGCCUUCACCAAGUGAGUGUCUAAGUGAAUAUGUUAUCUUUAAAAUUCAACUCUUUAUGACAAUACAUUACAUAAAUCAUAAGGCCUUUCUCUGAGGGCCUAAUUAGACCCUAACACAGAAGUCUGAAACUCCUAAUUUACAGGCCACAUCAAACCUACAAAUCACAUUAUGCUGGCUUGCAGUGAUGUGUAAUCCCUAUUGGAAUCCAGCCAGAGUAAGGAUAUCCAACAACUGAAACUUUUAAUCGCACGCAACCUGCAUUCAGAAUGACUGCGGGGUAGGGAAGAUUUAUUAUGGAGACCUACCUAAAUCAUAUAAACUAUCUCAGAAAAGUCCACUACUAACAGAUUGGAUACGUUUAGAAAAAUGUAUGUUAUUUAUGUUUGUGUAGCAUAAGAUGAAUCAACCAAUCAAAGUACAUGCAAAAACACAGUUAUUAAAACAAACAAUUCUGAAAAUUAACCCGCAGGAGAGCAUGCUGGGAAAUAUGAUAAUGAUGGCAUCGGUUUGAGUUUCUCAACAAGCUUUUACAAAUUCAGCUGACUUCACUUCAAGCAGAGAUUGUUGAGUAAACACACUUAAACAUUAGCUCAAAUUAUUGUCUUUUUGAAGUCCACUCAACUAACAGAAUAAUGCUGAUUAAUCAAUUGGUUAAAUUGUUUUUUUUUUUUACAGUGUGUGGUAUACAGAUUAUUUUACUCCCUGAACUCUUUAGUGCCCAUUUCCCAGACCCAAAUUAAGGGUUCUAUUCAAUUUGUAUCGCUGAAGUUCAACAUUACAGUGUGAUUGAAAUUUAAAGAUAUGGUUCCCGCAUUAGCAUUCACGGUAAACGCUACAUACAGUAUGUCAGCACAAUCGGAAAUUAUCUUUACAUUUCUAUUGCGCAAUCUGUAACGCUUCAGCGAUACAGAUUGAAUAGAGACCUAAGACGACUUAACCAAACACGUGGACAAUGGAGACUCAAUUGAAAAAGCUUUUUUGUCUUGGUUUGUGCUUAAUCUGGACCAGGAAAACUGGCCCUAUUUCCUGUGUCACAUACAGCUACACAAAGCUGGGAUAAUUUUAGAAAGGAUUCGAGAACAUUACCCCUAUUACUGAGGGGAUCUCGCCAGUUCCACUAUGAAUGUAAAGACCUCCAGUGUCUUACACAAAAGACUCAAACAUUUCCUUUCAACCAGUCUCUGGGAGAAUAUCUAGUUAACUAGUACCUUCGAUUAAUAGUCCAUAUCUUCACUGAAUUACUUUGCACUUUGAGAUUGCAGUGAAGACCCUGUUUGCAGUACAUGAGAUCAUAUUUACAGAACAGUGUAGACUUCCUAGAAAACCGCUCUGCUUCUGACACGAACCAAACCACUCUUAUAUACACAAGGAAGAUCAUAGUUACUAUAAAACAUUUUGGACCACAUACUUUGGGACUUUGGCCAGGGAGGACAGAACUUCAGGACUUCUCUUGAAUUUCUGUCCUCUGGAUCAUCUCACUGGAAUUACAUCAAGAUGAACUGGGCACACUUGACAUGCAUUGUUGAACCAAACACUCAUUACAACUAAUUCCCGAGUGAGUCUGUCCACAGGCUUCAUUUAUUUUUUUAAUUGAUGUAGUUCUGUCCUUGAGCUAUUCUUGUCUAUUCAUGUUCUGUAUUAUGUCAUGUUUCAUGUUUUAUGUGGUCCCCAGAAAGAGUAGCUGCUGCUUUUGCAACAGCUAAUGGGGAUGCUAAUAAUAUAAAGACAGAAAAUGUGUUGUGAUACACUGUUUCUAAUAAAAUGUUUACCGCUUCAGUCAAAGGGAAGACAUUCACAAUUUAGGUUUCCGUGGAGCCAGUGACGUUAUCUGGUAGCCCCAGAAAAUCAAACUCCAGUGAGUAGGCAACUGGUCAUAGUUUAAUAAGGAACAAAUGUAUGUACAAGUAUUUGUGUUUUCUCAAUGUCUUGUGUUGUUCUCAGCCUAAUCGUCUCUGUUUAUUAAUCUGAUUUAUUCAACUAUUGUCAACAUGCCAUGCACGGCUAAAAUGUUCCACUGUAUUUUAGGCUGCAUUUAGACA